GGAAAAUAAAUAGUUGCAUCUUAUCUGAAACAAGUGCUGUGGUUUCUGCUUAGUAUGUUGUCAGGGUGUUGGUCAAGGGUUCUAAGACAGAUUUGGGUGUCAGAAUUUAGGACUUGGAGCAAAGCAGAGGCAAUGAAGAAGGCUGCACAGAAACAACUGCCAAAAGUAUAUAUCACUAGACAGAUCCCGCCUGAAGGAAUGAAGAUAAUCACACAAUCUGGCAUGUGCAGUAUCGAACAGUGGGACUCUGAUAACCCAGUGCCACGGGCAGAGCUGCUAAAGAAAGUUGCUGGCAUUCAAGGUUUACUCUGCCUUCUCACUGAAAAGAUCGACUCUGAACUUCUAGAUGCUGCAGGUCCCAGCUUAAAAGUUGUGAGUACAAUGUCUGUUGGUUAUGAUCACCUAUCCUUGGAAGAACUGAAGAAGAGAGGCAUUAGAGUGGGUUAUACCCCGGACGUGCUGACUGAUGCUGUUGCUGAACUUACCGUUGCUCUUCUUCUUACCACGUCUCGUCGGCUGGUGGAAGCAGUGGAUGAAGCUAAGAAUGGUGGCUGGGGUACAUGGAAACCAAUGUGGAUGUGUGGCUAUGAACUUUCCAACAGUACAGUAGGAAUCUUCGGACUUGGAAGAAUAGGGGUAGCAGUGGCAGAGCGACUGAAACCAUUUGGCGUGAAGAGGUUUCUGUACACAGAUCUGACACCUCGUCCGGAACUGUCUGCUAAAAUUCAGGCAGAGUAUGUAACACUGGACAUACUGGCUAAAGAAUCUGACUUUCUUUGCGUAUGCUGUGCCCUUACACCAGAAACCCAAGGUAUUUGCAAUGGUAGCCUCUUCUCCAAAAUGAAGAAGGAUGCAGUAUUUGUUAACACCAGCAGAGGGCCUGUGGUGAACCAAGAUGACCUUUAUCAAGCCUUAGUCACUGGUCAGAUUGCAGCUGCUGGUCUGGAUGUUACAACUCCUGAACCUCUACCUAUUGAUCAUCCUCUUUUUAAAUUGAAGAACUGUGUAAUUCUGCCCCACAUUGCCAGUGCCACACUCUUCACUCGAAAUGCAAUGUCUGCUUUGGCGGCAAACAACCUGUUGUCUGGUCUGAAAGGGGAACCAAUGGAAAAAGAACUGCUCCUCUGAAGUUGCAGCCUAAAAUAUGAACUUCCUUCAGUGUACAAGUGCAUUCUUAUGUAGAUACCUCACUGUGCUCAGAAAAGUAUCCAGCCAGCAAAAAAAAAAAAAAAAACAGACAAUAUUUUGUCUUAGUGUAGUUUGUGCAUUUUUUGUUAAGCUACACAUAUGUAAGUUGUGCAUCAUUCAAAAUUACAGACUCUAGAUUUCUCUGCACAACCAUGGCAGACAUUUGAAAAUAAAUAUGUAUUUGUUGUUAUAAAGUUCAUGAAUAAGAGAUAUACAUUCUAUGACAGCUGAUAAAAAAGUACCACAAAUCUAAGUCAAGAGCAUGUUUAAUGGGCAAUACCUUGUAGCAGAAGUCCAGGGUGGUUCAGUUUCAGACACGGUUUGCAAUUCCUGCUUGAACAUUAAUCAACUUGUCACUGUUGACAAAUAAAUAAAUAAAUCACAAUGUGUUUUAA